GUCCCCCCUGUGUGAUUGAGUGACACCCCUGAUUUAGAAGCAGUUCCAAGUUUCGGACAACAGGGGGCAUCAGAGAUCUGUCUUCAAAUCAAAUUCUGUAUCUUUGGCUGCAGAGAACUUUUUAAUUUGUUUGGUGACAUAAUGCAUUUAAUUUCGGUCUAUAAGAUUUUUUUUCACAUUAGGUGUAAAAAUGUCGAAUUUAAAUUAAUUUGGUCAAAUGCAUGGAAACAAACGAAUGCGUUACUUAUGCAUUCUGUGAUUUAUUAUUUGAUUUUUUUUUCUUUUUGUAGAAAUAAAAUAGAGCUAACGAUAGUCUCGUCGUUUAAUGCACAUAUGUUUCUCUAGACGCGUGAGUUAAAGCUGCGUCCCCAUUUGGAAGAAGUGGCGCCCAUAAAGAUGUGCGUAAAAUACGCACACCUGCUGAAGAAGAAGAAGAAGAAGUCGCGUUUAUUUAGUAUUUGAGCAGAAAAAAACACCCUUUCCAGAACAAUACAUCAUCCUCUGGACGUCUUGACGCACUUGGAACGGACCGAGCCCGGAUGUUUCGAGCCGGCAUUAAUUAGUGAUUGGGUUGAUCCCCCUAUAAAAGGAGGACGCGCCCACCGCCCCUCAUCUUCUCCACACGAGUCAAGAUGAGCCACGCAUAUGAAGUUCUCUCCUCCUCCUCCUACCGGAGGCUUUUCGGAGAUUCUCCCCGGUACUCCUCGUCUCCAUCGCGCACCGCGGUGAGCGCGUCCUCACGCGGAGGGUACCGGUCCUCCUCCCUGUCCCGCACCGGUCUCUCAUCCUUCAGCUCGUACGGCAGCAAACGCUCCGGCCGCUCUUUCUCCGCGCCGCUGGAGACCUUCGACCUGAGCCAGAGCAGCGUCCUCAACAAUGAGUUCAAGAUCGUCCGCACCAACGAGAAGGAGCAGAUGCAAGGUCUCAACGACCGCUUUGCCAUGUUCAUCGAGAAAGUGCGCAACUUGGAGCAGCACAACAAAGUGCUGGAGACGGAGCUGGUGGCGCUGCGCCAGCGGCAGGCGGAGCCGUCGCGCCUGGCGGAGCUGUACCAGCAGGAGAUCCGAGAACUUCGCUCUCAGCUCGACGAGCUGAACGGGGAGAAGUCCCAGCUGCUGAUCGAGAGGGACAGCAUCGACGAAGACCUGCAGAGGCUCAGGGCCAAAUACGAGGAGGAGUUCCGCGCACGGGAGGAGGCGGAGGCCACCCUCAAGGCUUUCAAGAAGGACGUGGAUGACGCCACCAUGGUGCGCCUGGACCUGGAGAAGAAGGUCGAGUCUCUUCUGGAUGAGAUCAACUUCCUCCGAAAGGUGCACGACGAGGAGGUGGCCGAGCUGACAGACAUGAUCCAGGCCGCCCAGGUGUCCGUGGAGAUGGAGGUGUCCAAGCCUGACCUCACCUCGGCCCUGAAGGAGAUCCGCAGCCAGUACGAGUCCAUGGCGUCCAAAAACCUGCAGUCCGCAGAGGAGUGGUACAAGAGCAAGUUUGCGGACCUGUCCGAGCAGGCCAACCGGAGCAACGAGGCCAUCCGGGCCAGCCGCGAGGAGCUGAACGAGUUCAGGAGGCAGCUGCAGUCCAAGACCAUCGAGAUCGAGAGUCUGAGGGGAACCAACGAGUCCCUGGAGAAGCAGCUCCGGGAGAUGGAGGACAGGCACGGCAUGGAGAUCCUAUCCUACCAGGAAAGCAUGGCUGAGCUGGAAAACGAGCUGAGGACCACCAAGAGCGAGAUGGCUCGCCACCUGAGGGAAUACCAGGACCUGCUGAACGUCAAGAUGGCGCUGGACAUCGAGAUCGCAGCAUACAGAAAGCUUCUAGAAGGAGAGGAGACCCGCAUUGGAACAGGCAUAACCUACCCCAGCCCCCCCUUAAGCGCUGGUGCUGGGCAGGGCUACAGCUACCAGAGCCGCAUUUACACCAGCAGCUCCAGCAAGAGCGCCAAGAAAGAGAGCAAAGAGGAGGAUCAGCAGCAGCAGAGCAAGCCUGCCGGCAAAGUGUCCCAGCGCGAAGUCUACGAGGAGACGGUGGUCUCCUCCAAGAAGAUGGAGCGGCAGCAGGAGGAGGUCCCCACCAACCAGAAAAACUAGAGAUGAAGAAAGUCCCUCCCCUUCCCUAAUCAUUGUGAGUGUAGGAAGUCUUCAAGUGAUUAGACUGCAGGUUUGUGUGAUGUUGAAGACCCCCCCCCCUCUCUCUAAUAUCAAACAAACUCAACACAGAACAGUUAGGUAGCAUCUUUUCUUCAGCAUUCACUCAUCCACCCGCAGGACCAAAGUGUCAGUUUCUGCUCUGCACACAGUCAGCACAAUCCAAAUGUGUGCAUGUCUCAAUCAUAUCUCAUGUAAGACCAAUUCAACAGGAAAUGUUCACCUUUUUGGUGUCUUUAGGAGACACUCUCUGCUGUCAUUUUUGCACAAUAGCAUCAGUAAAACUCAGUAGUGUGAAGGACCAUCAAACCGGUACCAAACAUUUCUGACGUGAAGCGUGAAGUAAAGAAUAAAGCAUGAGCCCAGCAUGUGGGGGUUCAUGCUUGUGUGUCGUCCGCCCGUCUGGACUGCAUUCACCGGAACCGAAGGCGCAAUCACGCGUGCGUGAGUGACGGACGGUUCCUCACAGUUACCGAGGGUCAGAAGCAGCUUGGAGCUCCGCCUCCUGACCUCGCUGCUUUCUGAUUGUAGCCAUGACUGGAUAAAACGGCUGUUGUAGUUUGACAUCACGGCUCGAGCACAUCAGCGAUGAUCGCCACUGUGGUGGGGCAGACUGCUGAAACAAUCUUUCACUUGGUCAUACAAGCACCAAUUUUGGCACAUAUGUGCAACAGAACCUACUUUUUCCAAAAAGUACGUUAUCCAACUUAAAAAAUCAAAUGAUGACCAAUUUUCAAGAUGCAUACCGAUCUCCACAGUAUUUGGUCUAAAGUUUCAUAUAGUAUAAUCUAUUGACCAUUCUUUUGCCAGUCCACUCACACAUUUAUGGAAAUACGCCAAUUUUAGAAGCUGCCAUUUUGAAAACUGGUGGCCAUUUUGAAUUUGAGGACACACCACUGGGUGUGUUACAUAAGAAUACAUUCAUACUAAUGUAGAAAUAUUUUUUUAACCGUGUAGGUUGAAGUUCUAUGUCAAUAAGAGCAUUUACCAGGAUUGACAAGUCGGCCAUCUUGAAAAAUGGUAGCCAUCUUGGAUAACGUGCUUUUCUUCUAACAUUGGUGCCAAUUUUGGUGCUUUUUUUAAGUGAAAGAUUCUUGUGAAAAACAGAGUUAAUCUGCCCCACUACUGGGAGGGGGGACAAGGAGACAAACCCCCCCAGACUGCUCUGCAAAUAUCUUAGUACUGUACUGUGUUUGUGUGUGUACACUGUGGCCUAUCACAAACGGACUGCUUUUAGAGGAGUGCAUGUGGUUCAUGGAGGAUCGUCUGAAGAAAUCCAAGCCUUUAAUAGUUCACACACUGAUAACUGUUAAGCCUCAACUCUUUAGACCAAAUACUACGUCACCUCUACAGCACUGCCAGACUUUUCUAAGCUCACUCAUAGAAAUAAAGCUUUCAACACCGAUCCAUAUCCAAGCAUCAGUGUGCCAUAGAAUGAGUAGGAUGUAAACUGCCUUAAACACCAGCAGCUCCUGGUUUGUGCACGUAUGAUUCUGCCCAGUGAAGGUGUUUCAUCCUUUUUAUCUCUUCAGUAGUGAAAGCUUGAGGAUAGUUGACAUGCGGUUCUCUUUACUGUGACUCAUGUAUUGCUGUGUGAAACCAUUAAAUAAAGACUUGUCAUGAUUCCA